UGAAGAGAGAAAGUCAAAAGUGAGACCCAACAGUCGCAUCUCCUCCUGAACCGGAUCAUGUUAGUCCCAUCCCAUCCAGCUGGGUUCUUUUGAAAAAGUUUGCUCCCACUAUGGACGACUUAAUACCUGACACCCCCGUCCGCGACAGAAAAGUUGUCCCCGGCACUCCGACCGACCCCAGAGAGGAUCAGGACUACGAGACCGUUGCCACCCUUCCUCUGCCAGAUCGCUACCACCAACCACCCGCAGCAUCCCAAUCCUGGACCCCGGUCUCUCAGCGUCUGACACAACCCACGCAGAUCGUCGAGGUCCCCAAUUCUGCAAAAACCAUCCAGGUUCCCGCCUCGUCGCCUCCGCCCUCUUCCUCUCCCUCUCGUCCCACGGCCACCGCUGGCCGCCUGUCCACUUUUCUCGCCCCGGCCGGUACCCGAUUCUGUCCCCCUGCCUUCACCGGCCCUGCGAAGCGUGCCCCAGCGGUAGAUCUCGACGACGACGGCCCGACCUAUCGUGGUGGUUCGUCUGACGACGACGACGCGCUGACUUUGCGAAAUACCGAUAUCAAACCCGCCCAGUUCACCAAGUCCUCGCGAAGUCCGGAGAAAGUUAUGGGCUCCCCCGUGGGUAACGGCGGCGGUAGUGCCAUGGACCGGUUCAAGGAGAUCACUUCCUCCUCGCUCUACAACCCCCAGGGCGCGAAACGGUCCGCGUCCCAACUCGAUCUCGCCCCGAAAGGGAUAUCCGUCAAGAAACCCCGUCAGGAUGCCCCGUCCCGCGCCCACCCGGUGAAUAUGGACAUGGACAUCUCGUCGGUACAUGAGAUUGAAGAUUUUCAGACCCGGGCGAAGGUGGAGCGCAUGCUGAAGAUCGUCCCCCAGAAGUCUGUCCAGGAGUGCCUGUACGCCCUACUGACCAAGCGCGGCAACUACGAACAUGCGCUGGAGUACGUGGUCAUGAUGAACGACGAUGGGGAACCGUUUGUCAUCGAAUCGUCCGAAGAUGAGCUGAGUGCGAGCCAGCGUAUCUCGCCGGUCGCGCCCGCAAAGCAGCAGAUCAAGGCGCGGGGGACCAUCCAGGGCAAAUGGUCCGCCAUGCGCCUGCAGAAGAACCCCCCGCCCCAGAAGUCCAGCAAUGCGCCACCGCCCCAGGAGGAUGCGAAACCGCGGAGACGGUUGAUGAGGGGCCCCAAGAGCCGGGAGACCCGGCAGUCAUCCCCGGAGUCGGAUCGGUCUCUCUCGCCGCCGCGCCCGGCGCAGACGUCCGGGAGACUGGUUCAGGGACGGAAGCCGGCCUCGCCCGCGCGAUCGGAGUCUCCUGAGGCCCUGUUGAUUGACGAUGACUCGGAUUCCGGCGUCGAGGAGGUUCCCGAGAUUGAUGGGUCCGUGGAAGUGAAGGUGCUCAACUUUUUCAACACGUGCAACAUCCUUGACCUGGCCGACAUCGCAGCCAUCACGGAAGAUAUCGCCAAGUUCCUCGUGUCGCACCGACCCUUCCGUUCGUUGAAUGCCGUUCGUGCCGUCCCCGCUCCGACCGCGGACCAGUCGGCGAAGCCCAAGGGCAGCCGCGGGCGGAAGACGCCCAAGCCUAUCGGAGAGAAGAUUGUGGACAAGUGUUUGGAUAUGUGGGUCGGAUACGAAGCGGUGGACUCCUUGGUCGCGCAGUGCGAGGAGCUGGGCCGGCCGGUUGCGACGGAGAUGAAGAAAUGGGGCGUGGACAUCUUCGGCAAGCGGGAAGGGGAACUGGAGCUGGUGUCGAUUGACCCCGGGGCGUCGCAUGACUCUGGGAUCGGCACCCCGGCCAGCCAGCAUUCGGAAGAGGACAGCGACGGCCCCGGCGUCGGGCCCCGCAAGAACCGGUUUAUCUCGCAGCCCGCCAUCAUGCGCGAAGAUCUGAAGAUGAAGAAUUACCAGGUGGUCGGGAUCAACUGGCUGUCGCUGCUCUUCGAGAAGGAGCUGAGCUGUAUCCUGGCCGACGACAUGGGUCUGGGCAAGACGUGCCAGGUGAUUGCGUUUCUGGCCCACCUGUACGAGAAGGGCAUCAAGGGACCGCAUCUGAUCGUGGUCCCGUCGUCGACGAUCGAGAACUGGCUCCGAGAGUUCCAGAAAUUCUGCCCCGCGCUGUCCGUGAUGCCGUACUAUGCCAACCAGAGCGGGCGCGCCGAGAUCCGCGAGACCAUCGAAAACAACCGCGAGGAUAUCAACGUGGUCAUCACGACGUACACGAUCGCCAAGGCGAAAGUGGACGCCCAUUUCCUCCGCAACAUGGAUUUCUGCGCCUGCGUCUACGACGAGGGCCACAUGCUGAAGAGCAGCACCUCGGUGCUCUACGAAAAACUGAUCCGCAUUCCCGCUCGCUUCAAGCUCCUGUUGACCGGCACCCCGCUGCAGAACAACCUCCAGGAGCUCGCGUCCCUGCUGGGAUUCAUCCUGCCAAAGGUGUUCAACGAGCGCAAGGAGGAUCUCCAGUACGUGUUCGCGAAUAAGGCCAAGACCGUGGACGAGACCCACUCGGCGCUGCUCUCUGCGCAGCGGAUCGAACGUGCCAAGUCGAUGCUGAAGCCGUUUGUGCUGCGGCGGAAGAAGCACCAGGUCAUCGACCUCCCCGCCAAGGUCUCCCACGUGGAAUACUGCGAGAUGAACACGGCCCAGAAGGAGAUCUACGAGCACGAAAAGGAGGAAGUCCGCAAGCUAAUUGCCGAUCGCGCAGCCGGCAAGAAAACCGGCAACAAGUCCGCCAACAUCCUCAUGAAGCUCCGCCAGGCGGCGAUCCACCCCCUGCUCUACCGGCGGCACUACAACGACACGAUCCUCAGCCGGAUGGCCAAGGCAUGCCUAAAGGAAGAGCAGUGGUCGAUGUCAAACCCGAACAUCAUCUACGAAGAACUGCAAGCCUACAACGACUUCGAAUGCCAUACCAUGUGCGUGAAGAACCCUAACUCGCUCGGCAAAUUCGCCCUCAAGAACGCCGAAUGGAUGGACUCGGGCAAGGUCGACCGGCUGUGCGAGCUGCUCAAGCGGUUCAAGGAGAAGGGCGACCGCACGCUCGUCUUCUCGCAGUUCACCAUGGUCAUGGACAUCCUGGAGCACGUGCUCGAGAACCAGCAUCUGGGCUUCGUGCGCCUCGACGGCCGCACCAACGUCGAAGACCGCCAGUCCAUCCUCGACGCCUUCCACGAGCGCACCGACAUCCCCGUCUUCCUGCUAUCCACCAAGGCCGGCGGCGCGGGCAUCAACCUCGCCUGCGCGAACAAGGUCAUCAUCUUCGACUCCUCCUUCAACCCCCAGGAAGACGUGCAGGCUGAGAACCGCGCCCACCGUGUCGGUCAGACCCGCGACGUGGAGGUCAUCCGUCUCGUCACUAAGGACACUAUCGAAGAGCAGAUCUACGCACUGGGCCAGACCAAGCUCGCCCUUGACCAGGCUGUCGUCGGCGAAGACGCUGCUGAAUCUAAGAAGACUGAAGAAGCGGGCAUGAAGGUCGUUGAGGAUAUGGUGCUUGCUGAUAUCAAGGAGUAA